CCAGCCUCCACUCUCACAUGCCCAAACCCCUCUCACCCCACAUCCCAGCACUCCCUCCCUCUCCCAGCCAAGUCUCAGCUCCACACGGACUCUUGCCCUCACCCAGACUCACUCCCGCUCACACACUCACUGGCAGUUCGUCUCUGCUCACCCUCCAUGGCAUCCCAUGCAGCCGCACUGCUGGCCCUCAGCCUGCUGAUCCUCUGGACGUCCUCUGCUCUGGGAGGUGCCAACGACGCUGAAGACUGCUGCCUGUCUGUGACCCAGCGCCCCAUCCCCGGGAACCUGGUGCAAGGCUUUCGCUACCUGCUCCUCAAGGAUGGCUGCCGGGUGCCUGCCGUGGUGUUCACCACGCUAAGAGGUCGCCAGCUCUGUGCACCCCCAAACCAGCCCUGGGUGGUCCGCAUCAUCCGGAGACUGCAGAGGAGCUCUGCCAAGGCCAAGGGCUCCAGCAGUUAGCCCACAAGAGUCCCAGCCCCAGAGGGAGUGCCGUGUCCCAGUGAAGGGAUGUGAAUCACUGGCACGCGAGAGAAUCAAGGACUAGAAGGGAGGACCAGGCCUCCAGCUCCCCUGCCCCAGACCUAACCCAGCUGGGCAGGAGUGUCACUGUGAGUGUGAGUGUGAGAAAGGGUGAGUGUGGCAGAAGCACAGCCUCUGCAUGAUCAGAUUCCAUGCUGUCCAAUGUGUCCAAUAAAGCCAGCUGGUACCCAC